UUUUUUAUUUUUUGAAAACUUGAAUUUCACUUCAAUUUAAUUUCCCUCACUCCCGCAGAUCUAGCUUUUCCUUCCAUCAUCAUCCUCAUUUCAUUUCAUUUCAUCAGUUGAAUCAGUUCACAUUUUCCUUUCUCAUCACACCCCACCAAAACAAGCAACCUUACCUCUCUCACUCACUCCUCCAAACUCUUCUCACCACCAUUGCACUCAAACAUUUUCACUCACAUUCCAAUUCGCACCCCCCCAAAAAUGAAGAACACAAAACCCCAAACCCAAUCAACACCAUCUUCAAGAUCUUCAUCACUAUCUUCCCAUUUAGCAAUGGUUGAACUCAAACAAAAAAUCUUAACCUCUCUUUCUAAACUCUCCGACCGCGACACUCACCAAAUCGCACUCGAAGAUCUCGAAAAGACUAUCUUAUCCCUCACACCAGACGCUAUUCCAAUGAUCUUAAACUGCUUAUACGAGGCCGUUUCCGACCCUAAACCCUCCAUCAAAAACGAAUCUCUCCGGUUGUUAUCCUUCGUCUGCUCUUCACACCCCCACUCCACUUCACCUCACCUCCCCAAAAUCAUUUCUCAUAUUGUAAAACGUCUUAAAGACACUGAUUCUGCUUCUCGUGACGCGUGUCGUGAUUCGAUUGGAUCAAUUGCUGCUCUUUACCUCAGAGGAGAGAAUAAUGGGAACAAUGGGAGUAAUGGGAAUGGUUCUUUGGUUGGGUUGUUUGUGAAGCCGUUGUUUGAGGCGAUGGGGGAACAGAAUAAGGCUGUGCAAGGUGGUGCGGCAAUUUGUAUGGCGAAAAUGGUGGAAAUGACGGCUGCUGUGGAAGAGGGUGGUGGUGCAGCGGUGGUGCCGGUGGGUGCGUUUCAGAAGAUGUGUCCAAGGAUCUGUAAACUAAUUAAUAACCCUAAUUUUUUGGCUAAGGCAGCGAUUUUGCCUGUGGUGUCUGCAUUGUCUCAGGCUGGGGCAAUUGCACCACAAAGCUUGGACAAUUUGCUAUCUAGCAUUCAUGACUGUCUCUCUAGUAGUGAUUGGGCAACACGUAAAGCAGCAGCAGAGGCAUUAAGUUCCUUGGCUUUGCAUUCAAGCAGUUUGAUUACCGAUAAAACGACUCCCACAGUGACAUUGCUUGAGGCUUGUCGGGUUGACAAGAUAAGACCUGUGAGGGAUAGCAUGACAGAGGCGUUAGACCUGUGGAAAAAAAUUGCAGGGAAAGAUGGAUCUUCUCAUGAUUCGAAGCCAUUGUCAUCUGAUGGUGGGAAUCCUGAACCAGCUGUUUUGACAGAAACUAGUGACCUGAAAAAUGUAAAUCCUGAUGAGAGAAAGACUGAUCCAUCAGUGAAGGAUUUACCAACCAGUUCUUCAAACACAGAUUCAAAUUCUAAGGCCAAAGCGGCUAGCAUCUCAGAGAAGGCAGUUGUAAUAUUAAAAAAGAAACCACCUGUCUUAAAUGAUAAAGUACUAAACCCAGAAUUUUUCCAAAACCUUGAAAGAAGGGACUUGGAUGAUUUACCAGUGGAAGUGGUUGUUCCUCGCAAAUGCCUCAAUUCUUCAAGCUCAAACAAUGACGAAGAGUCAAAGGCAACUGCCAAAGAUUCAAACGAAAGAACAAAUGCCACUGGAAAUGUGCCUAAUGAUGGCUUCCAUGGAUCUGUCAAUAAUAAAUAUCAUGGUUUAGAGAGAGGUAAUGAUGGAAAUUCGAGACAAAGGAAUUAUGAAGACUUUGCUCAGGACAGAUACUAUGAAAGAAGAAUGAAUGCAAAAGAGCUGAGGACAAAAACAAACGAUACAAUUGACAGGUCUGAAAAUGAUCAGAGGGAUGGUUCUGCCAAUAUUGCAGGUUUUUCUAGAGCUGAUGGUCAAUCAGAAGUACCCUUCUCCAAUAACAGAGGAAACUUGUUGGCCAUCCAGAGACAGUUAACACAGCUCGAAAGACAACAGGGUCAUCUGAUGAACAUGCUGCAGGAUUUCAUGGGUGGAUCCCAUGAUAGCAUGGUGACUCUAGAGAACAGAGUACGAGGUCUUGAGAGGAUUGUUGAAGACAUGUUACAAGAUUUAUCUAUAUCAUCAGGCCGUAGAUUCGAGGGAUCAUCCGGUCGGCCUUCUAGCAAGUAUAAUGGUUUUAAUGAAUAUUCCAAUUCCAAGUAUGGAAGAGGUGGUGAUGGACGCAUCCCAUUUAAUGAAAGGUUUACCCAAACUGAUGGGAAUGCUUUGGGGAUGAGGGGAAGAGGGCCAUCAUGGAGAUCUGACAUGCCUGAGGGUUGGGAUUUUCCUGGGUAUGGUGCUUCUAGAAAUGGCCAGAUUUCCUCAAGAAGGGCUUUUGGUGGUAGUUCUGUUGAUGGAAGAUCACCAAAAUCAGUGCAUGAGAGUGAUCAAGGGGGCAGCAGGAGAGCUUGGGAGAAAGCAGCAAUGCCCAUCCGGCUUGGUGAGGGGCCCUCUGCAAGAAGUGUUUGGCAAGCUUCUAAAGAUGAAGCUACCUUGGAAGCAAUUCGGGUUGCUGGCGAAGACAAUGGAACAUCUAGAGCAACAAGAGUAGCAGUCCCUGAAAUGACUGCCGAAGCAAUGGCUGAUGACAGUGUUGGACAAGAGAGGGAUGCAAUCUGGACUUCUUGGAGUAAUGCAUUCGAUGCUCUUCAAGCAGGUGAUAUAGAUUCAGCCUUUGCAGAGGUGUUGAGUACUGGAGAUGAUCGUUUACUUGUAAAGCUAAUGGAUAGAACUGGCCCUGUAAUUAACGAACUUUCAAGUGAGAUUGCAUGUGAGAUAUUAUAUGCCAUCAGUCAAUUCUUACUGGAGCAGGACCUGUUUAAUAUCUGUUUGUCUUGGAUUCAACAGUUGGUGGAGGUAUUAUUUGAAAAUGGCCCCGAUACUUUUGGCGUUCCCAUGGAAGUAAAGGAAGAUCUCUUGCGGAAUUUACACGACGCUUCAACAGAUACAGCUGAGGGUUGGGAAGGUGUACCACCAGAUCAACUUUUAUUGCAGUUGGCAUCAGGCUGGGAAAUUGAUCUACAACAGCAUGACAAAUAGCUUCAUAAAGAACAAACUACGCGGAUAAGAUUCUGUCACAUUUUAACUUGAGUUGGGGGUGAUAUCCUUGAUAGUUUUAGUGAGUGUACCCUUUGAAAUAUAUAUGCUAUUCAGGUUUCAGGCCUGCAAGUAAAAAUUACAAUGGCACAAAUUCAUGCUCCUUUUUUUGCUGCAUCAUGGUGACCGGUCGGAUCGGAUAAAUGUUUGAUAUUUGGAUAUCAUCAUUAUUACUAAGGUAGUAUGUGUCUGGUUGUCAAUGCCUAACUAGGGUGUUUAAAAUCAUUUUGUAAAUUGAGAUGAAUGAAUGAACAAAUCUUCCUUGUAAUUACACUCGUUUAAGUUUGAAAUGUUGAAGAUGAUCACGCAUUGUUGGAUACUGGAUAUGGAAA